AUGUCAUUAAAUCGUGUUAAUCUUGUUGAUUAUAAUAGUCCAUCAUCAUCAUCAUCAACACAACGUGUACUUCAUUGUACAAUAUGUAAUAUAUAUCCUCGAAGUCUUCAAGCUUAUGUUGAACAUUUGGAUAUUCGACAUCGUGAUGAAGAAGUUGAAGUUGCAUGUCCAGUUGAUGGAUGUGAAGAAACAUUUCCAUCUGUGGCUCGUUUUAAAAUUCAUAUACGAAAAAUUCAUUCAACACCAACAAAUACUAAAAGUUCAACAUCAACAAGUGGACUUCUUUCAUCAACAAAUGCAACAACAAUAAGAACAAAUAAUGAUAUUGAUGAAGCAUCAUCAGAUGAUGAUGAUGAUAAUACACAUCGUCGAAAUAGUUAUCUUAAACGACCAAAAUUAGAAGGAAAAAAACGUUUCGGAACAGUGAGUCGAAUGACAAAAAUUGAACCAAAUGAUUCAAUGGAAUAUGGAUUAAAAAGUGAAGAUGAAUUUGCUGAUAUUCAAUUUGAAGAUCCAGAAUGGAUGCCAGUCUCUGAACGACGUGGUACAUUAUAUACACCAAAUAUGAGUUUAAUGGGUGAAGAUGAAGAAAGUGGAAGUGCAAUGACACCUGUUUCUCGAAGUGGUGGACGUGUUCGUUGUUAUGCACCCAUUCCACAUCCACCUCAAUUACCUGAACUUUCAGAACGUGUUCAAACAUGUUUAGAAAAUGGACAAGCAGCACAAGUAUUGCAAGAAUUUAUAAAUGAAACAGCUGAAUUUUUUAUGAAAACUUAUCCACAAUUAAAAACUGGUCGAGAAUAUCGUAAAAUUGGUUUAGCAUUAAUUAAAAAAUAUCCUUGUUUGGCUGAAAAAGGCAAUCAUCUUAAACCUGAAGCUUUACUCUGUCGUAAAUUAUCAAUCAAAAUGCGUAAUAUGCGUCAAAAAAUUCGUGCUAAAUCAGGUCGAAUUGAAAAAAAUGAUAAUCGUAUACAUCAAAAUAAUGAUGCUUAUUAUGAUGCAAUAACUGCUAAACUUCGUCAGAUUCAAGGUCAAGUUCAAUAUUCAACAUUAUAUAAACAAUAUUUAUCAAAAACACAUACUAGACGACGUGAAUGGUUGAGUAAUAAUGCUGAUCUUAAUCUAUAUGGAAUUUUACAAGAAUUACCAUUCAUGGCUGGAAAAGAAUUUUUAACUGGUGAAUAUGGUCUUUUACGUGGUAGACAUAUAUCAUCAUUUAGUAAAACAAUUGGUCUUGUACUUGAUAUAUUAACAAAACAUUUUGCGAUACGAAAACGAGAAAAUAUGGAUUUAACAUAUCGUUUAUGUUUAAUGCAAUUAUGUAGAACAUUAAAUUGUAAUUUUAUUAUACAAAAUAAACAAACUGACAGUGCGAAAGGAAAUGAUAAAGAAUCAGAUGAUAGCAGUCAUCUACGAUUAACUGUAAUGGAUUUUGUUAAUGGAACAUCAUCAUAUUUUCUUUUCUAUGGUCGAAAACCACUUUGUGAAUUAGCAACAGGUCAAGGAAUGUUAAAACAAGCAUUACUUCUUUUUCUCGUUACAUUUGAAGUCUAUAUGGUUGACAUACCAGAAGAAUACUAUGAAGCUGUAAGUUUACUUCGACUUGUCGUAUUUGGUAAUGUUUAUGAAAAUGAAGUACCUGAAUUAGCUGAAGCUCAACGUUUAGUAGCAAUUAUAGAAGAUGGUUUAAAAACAGCAAACUUAUCUUGA